CACUGGAGAGUGGCAAGUCGUCGAAUUAGAUGAUUGAGUCGAGCGUAGCUCGAAUAUCGGCCUAUGCGGCCGAGAUGAGAAUAAAGACGGCCUUGGAGGCCGAACAAUAUAUAGGAACGGCAAAGGAAGCCGAAUAUGAAGAAAUUUGCAAACCGGAGGAGUGCCUAGACUUGGAUCAUUUUAAUGAAGACAGAUCAGAGCCGGUUCUUGAUUGUAUAUAUGAUGAUGAACCCCUUGGAUUCGAGCAAUCUUUAGAUCCCAUGUUAAAAAUGCAGGCUCAGGAUCCUUUGGAGGAGGUUGAUUUAGGGGAUGGGACCAAGAAAAGGCCGACGUAUGUAAGUUCGUUGAUCGAUUCGGGUUUUAAGAAUCGGAUUGUUAGUUUGUUGCAGGAAUACAAAGAUUGCUUCGCAUGGGAUUAUGACGAAAUGCCGGGUUUAAGCCGGGAGUUAGUGGAGUUGAAGUUACCAAUUCGGCCUGGUAGGAAACCAGUGAAGCAAGCCCCAAGGAGAUUCGCCCCGGAGGUGUUCUCAAAGAUAAAAGAGGAAGUGGAGCGCUUACUUGGAGCAAAGUUCAUACGAACAGCCAGAGGAUGAUGUGUCGAAGACUGCAUUUCGGUGUCCAGGGGCACUAGGAACAUAUGAAUGGGUGGUGAUGCCGUUCGGUCUUAAAAAUGCCGGUGCAACUUAUCAGAGGGUAAUGAACACUAUCUUUCAUGAAUAUAUUGAGAAAUUUAUGCAAGUGUAUAUCGAUGAUAUUGUAGUAAAGUCGAAAUCUCAGGAUGUUCAUAUCGAACAUCUUAAGUUGUCAUUUGAAAAAAUGAGAAAGUACAGCUUGAAAAUGAACCCACUCAAGUGUGCCUUUGGUGUAAUUGCAGGGCAAUUUCUGGGAUUCAUUGUUCAUAAGAAGGGCAUUGAAAUCGACCAGAACAAGGCGAAAGCAAUCUUCGAUACUCAACCACCGUCGAAUAAAAAACAGUUACAAUCUUUGUUGGGCAAAGUCAAUUUCUUGAGAAGGUUUAUCAUGGAUCUA